CCUACUCAAUUUCGACAAGCUGUUUAGAACAACGAUGUACUUCACGUGUGUUCUGUGCACCUUUGUUUUACUCUUAUUUCAAAGACCACUAUGUGCGGAAACAAACAAUGAUGAAGAUAAAAGAAUUUCUUCUGAUAUCCAAACACCCAAUCUGAAAAGUUUAGAACUAUUCUUAGACAGAAGCAAAGUUAGACCACCACCACCGUUCGUGUGUGUUAGGAAUGAAAACUGGGCUAAUGAGGAUCAAUGGACUACCCACUUAAUGAGGAAAAAACUAGCCUUAUGUGAUGUGAAACCAGAUGGGGAAAAGGGAAUUGUCGUACUGGUACGAGCUUUAACUAUGUUAAAUUUUAUUUAUAUGUGUAAAUUUAUUUAA